ACCUCUCGAAUGUCACUGUAUCUUGCUUGGGUCUUACGAAGGGCGAAGGAACCAUACGCCGCGAUCAUCUGAAGAAAACUGCUCCCUGAAUUCUGCGACGACGUUUCGCAGGACCUUGUAUAGCACGAUGAUGUCCAACACUAGUUCCCCUGAGGUUACGCCCCCUUCACCAAUGCGAACAGAUCCUGAAGCCUCGAACGACCCGAUAGGUGAUAAUUACCACCCACUCUUCUCCUCGCCAGACGCGGAUAUCGCAUUGGGCUCCAAAGACGGCAUUCUAUUCCGCGUACAUUCUUAUACACUGAGAACCACAUCGGGAUGGUUCCACGACAUGCUCACCUUACCUCAGAAGGAGCCAGGGUCGACCGAGAUCAUCUAUGUCGAUGAGGAUGCCUCCACCCUAGAGGCGCUCCUCCGUAUGAUCUGUGGGCUUCCCAUUCCUAGCCUUGAUUCCGAAGAGGCUGUCGAACCGGUACUAUAUGCUGCUGAGAAGUACGACAUGCCUGGACCUCUAUCCGUCAUCCGCGCUUGUCUCUUACCAAGACCUCUCUUAACCGAUCCUUUGAAGCUGUACGGCUUAACAUGUCGGUACGGUUGGGACGUCGAAAUGCAGGCGGCGGCGACACAAACUCUGACUCUCAACAUCCACUCUCCUGAACAUCGCCCAAAGCUUCGCAAACUCACUACCGAUGCACUGCUCUCUCUGAUAGAACUCCAUCAUGACCGACGUCAUCUUCUUCGAAAGCGGCUAAACGAGCCACCUUUUGUUAGGGACAACGGCACGGGCACUUGUUCCAACUGCCAUUCCCUGGUCAAUUACAAUACUUGGCGGGAACUGAAGUUCGUUAUCGAUCAGGAGAUGGAGAUACGCCCGCUGGGUGAUACCAUCAUCAAUUCCGGGUUGAAUGAAUGGCCUGCUGCUCGCGUGUGUUGGGAGGCAAAGUGCCCAGAUUGCCAUCGCGAGCUAUACGACCAGAAGGAAACCAUUCGCGCCAUAACUCAAUGCAUAGAACAACUUCCAAAGACUAUUAGCGUCCCAAAUUCUGAUACACGACUCUCCAUCGCGACCUCUGACUCUUUUUGAUUGCCCAGUCUCUUAUUCGCUUCGUUGGACAUAUAUCUUUGACCCUGCCAAGAUCUCCAGUCUCACAUAUCCCUAUGGCCAUACACGCAGUUUCCAUAUUUCACCCUAAGUCUCGUUCAUAUAGUUCAGUUUGCAUCAUGCGGUUCCAGCGGACUUGAUAGCCGAACCUGUUGUAAAUGUUUCAUGCUCUAGUGUUGACGGACCCUGCGCGAAAGGGCAACUUGGUAAAACUAGCCCCCUCGGCGAGCCGGAAUUACUAAUUAUAUUCAGUUACAGCUUC